AUGUCGCAUGCUGAAAUUGACAUGGUGCAAAUAGUAAGUCCUCCUGGUAUGCGGAUGCCACUUACCUUCGAUCCCCACCAUACACUGUAUGCGUUUGUAGAUGUCGAUAGCGAUUACGAUGUGGCUUUAGUUGAAGCUGCUAUGGACGAGAAGGGUGAUGGCUUGACUCUGGUCAUCAAAGGGAGGGACAAUAAUGAUAUGGGGAAGAUUCCUACAAUGAUGAAGAAACGCAUAGAUACGAGAGCCGUUGAAACAAGCGUUCCACGAGUAUACAUUGUUACAUAG